CAUGCUAAUCUACCCAUUGAUAAACAGAAAACAUUUUGAGAUUACUGAUUGAAGUAUUUAUUCACUGGGCGUUAUACAUACUAAUAAGAUGCUGUUGACGUCUUCUUGGUUAGCAGACCUACUAAUUGUCCUGAUCACAAUAUCAUUUUUGACCUACAAAUACUAUACUAGGAACUUCUACGUUUUUACAAAACGUGGUGUCAAACACAUAAAACCAACCCCGUUCCUUGGCAACUUUGCAAGUGUUUUAUUCUUCAAAGAACAUACUGGAGAGUGGUUGAUGAAACUACACAGAGAGUUCGAUGACGUCCCAUACUUUGGAGUAUUUAUCUUCGAUGUCCCAUAUUUGGUUAUCAAAAGUCCAGAAAUCAUCAAAAACAUUAUGAUGAAGGAUUUCAACCACUUCAUGGAUAGGACCAGUGCCGUUUCUAAUUAUGAUGAAAUUCAGAAAAAUGCCAUGUUCUUUCAGAAAGGAGAAGAGUGGAAAGCGACUAGGUCAAAGUUGACAUCAGUAUUCACAUCUGGAAGACUGAAAGCUAUGUUUCCGAUAUUGACUAAAAACGGUGUUAAGCUAACUGAAUACAUCAAAGCUACCCCAGGCCCCAUUGAGCUAGAAGAUAUGAGUGCUAGAUAUGUUGCAGAUAACAUCGGUCGGAUAUUUUUUGGCAUGGACAUUCAUGGCUUAGAAGAUGCGGGCUCCGAGUUCGUAGAUAUUUUGAUUAAAGGACAGAGAUCAUCUUUGAAAGUAGCACUUACAUCUUUAUGCUACCAGUUCCAACAUCAGUUUGUGAAUACACUACGACUUAAAUUUGGAGACAGCCGAAUGGUAGACUUCUCGGUUCAAGCUAUUAAGCACGCUUUUGAAGCCAGAGAACAGAGUUCUGUUAGGGUCAAUGAUCUAGUGGAUAUUAUAAGGGAUUUGCAACAAAAUGAAGAAUUUUCAAAUUAUUGGGAUUUCAAGGGAAUGAAGGUAUUAGCUCAACCUUUUCAAUUCUUCAUUGCUGGGCAUGCCACAACAACUGGUGCUUUAACUCAUGCAUUAUAUCAUUUAGCUAUGAAUUCAGAUAUUCAGGACAACUUGAGAAGUGUAAUUCAGGAUAUGACAGAGGAGUAUGGUGGAAUAACCUACGAAGCAUUGACAGAUAAGAAAUACUCUUAUAUUGAUAGGGUUCUUAACGAAACAAUGCGAAUGUGGCCGGCAUUACCCUACAUAGACAGAAUGUGUACUAUGGACUAUAAGAUACCAGGGACAGAUUAUGUAGUUAAGCAAGGAGAAAGAAUACUAAUUUCAACCCUAGGCCAUAACUUUGACAAGAAGUACUUUCCCAGUCCUGAUAAGUUUGAUCCCGAUAGGUUUCUAGAUAAACAUAAUGAAGGUGGCCUUUAUUAUAUUCCGUUUGGUGAGGGACCCAGAGCAUGCAUAGGUGAAAGAUUAGCCCUGCUAAAUCUGAAGGUCGGUCUUUCAAACAUCAUGUUGAACUUUUCAAUAGAACAGGUACCAGAAACUCCACAGAAGUUGACUUACAACAAAAAAGCAUUUGGUGUUUCAUCUACUGAAAGAAUUUAUGUUCAGUUUAAGCCAUUAUGAGAUUGCCAUAUGAGAUGUAUGAGCAUUUUUAAUUCGUUUUUAUUGUCUUUUUAAUAAUAAGUUUUCCCGUACUAAC